AUGAAGCUGCUCCUGGUUGUUUCGGUGUUUUUGACAUCGGCAUUCGGCGCAACUGCCGCUUCACUGGGAUCGGAGUACAAUGGCUACAAGGUCUUCCGCAUCCCGACGACGGAGGAGAAUCACGCCAGAGUGGUUGAUCUCAUCAAUGAGUUGCAUCUUGACACAUGGAAGUUCCCGAAAAAGGUGGGAUUCGCCGCAGACGUUGUGGUUCCACUAGAACAGAUCUCUUCCUUCGAGAAGGCUACCGCCGGCUUGACGAUUGAAGUGAUGCAUGAGGACCUUGGUGCGUCCAUCGAAGCCGAAUCUGCUGUUGCGAGUACGUUUGAAGCGGGAAAUCCUAACAGUACCUGGUUCGACACCUAUCAUAGCUACGAGGAACACCAACAGUUCCUGAAGGAUCUGCAAACCCAAUACCUGUCGAAUUCGGAAUUGAUUAUCGCAGGUAAUACGUAUGAGGGGCGCCCAAUCCAAGGCAUUCAUAUCUGGGGAAGCCGCGGCAAGGGCAAACCCGGGGUGGUUUGGCAUGGAACUGUCCACGCGCGAGAGUGGAUUACCACGAUGGUCGUCGAAUACCUGACAUGGAGUUUGCUCUCGCAGCAAAACGACCCGGCGGUAAAAGGCAUUCUCGACAAACAUGACUUCUUCAUUUUCCCAAUCGCAAAUCCAGAUGGCUUUGUAUUUUCGCAGCGAGUGCGGCGACUAUGGCGGAAGAGUCGUCAGCCGAGUAAACUUCUUUGCGUUGGAACUGAUCUCAACCGCAACUAUCCCCAUCAAUGGGGCGAAAGGGGCUCUUCUGCGCGCCUGUGUGCCGCAACAUUUCGAGGAUUGGGCCCGGGAGACGCACCGGAGGUCCAGGCACAUAUCCGCGUGAUGCAGGACAUUGCUCGAUCUCAAGGAGGCAAAAUGUAUGUCGACUGGCACUCAUACUCCCAGCUGUUCUUGACCCCCUAUGGCCAUAGCUGCGACAAACGAGCAUCAAACCAUGAGAAGCACAUGGAGCUCGCAAAUGUUUUUGCGCAAGCACUAGGAGCAGUUCACGGAACUGCGUUCAAAGUUGGACCGACAUGCAACACCCUCUAUCAGAUCAGUGGAGACAGUGUUGACUGGGCUGUUGAUGUUGGCAAAUUCGAACUGGCCUUCGCGGCUGAGCUGCGCGAUACAGGGUGGUAUGGGUUUAUUAUUCCACCUCAGCAAAUCCGGCCCAGCGGCGAGGAGGCCUGGGCGGGUAUCAAAGCUCUGAUGGAAAGGAUGUAA